AUGGUAAUGGACAACGUAAGAAAAGUAAGAAAGGACCUGAUAAUCCUCCUGCAGGUCAAUAUACACCACCACCACCACCUAUUACCACAACUUCUCCACCAGAUACUGCAAAUUUUCCUCCUCCUCCUCGUCAACUAUUUCACUACCAAAUGCAUUUUUAUGCCGCUACCAUCUGACCAGUUCCACAUCACUUUUCCUCAUAAUAGUCUGCAUAGUAGCUCUUUAUUUGUGCCUUCUACAUCAUCCACACUUAGCCUUUCUGUAUUGAGAAUUAAAGGUCCUAGCACAUCAUCUCCCUUUAUUAAUAGUGCUACAGCGUCUAAUGCUACAGCAGCUGCCUCCCAGAAUCUGAAAUUUAAAGAGGUAUUAGAAUAUGACAAUUUUGGGAGGCUAAUUAUUGUCACUGGUGGUGAUGGCCUUGUAGUACUUUUAACACAUGUGGAUUAUUGUGAUGUCUACAAGUUAGAUGCCCUUCGAGCUAAGGCGAAGUGUGCUUCGAAGUCUUGUCGUGAAAAUAAAAUAGAUGUCAUUUUCCAAUUGAAAGCAUCUCUACGGAUCAAAGAACACUUGUAUGAGGCCCGGAAGAAAAUGAGAAGACCUGAUUGGAUUGCGAAGAAAGUUUGGGUAAUGUUCUUGGAAAUAUGAGACAUUCCUAAUAUAAAGGGAAGCGUGAACGGGCAAAGGCAAAUCGAGCCUCUAAAAUGGGUGGCUCGUUGCACACCGGAGGUUCGAUGAGUUUUGUUAUCCACCGAUGAAGAUUGGAAAUCAUUUUUUUUCCACAAGAUGGGGGAAAAGAUGUACCUCUUAGAUCUUCGAAGAGACGCAUAAGAAGAAAAAGAAGGAUGGUACAAGAGAAGAUUGGAUCGAAACGCGUGCUAAGAAUACAUUGAUUUCAAUGAGGCAAGGAAGAUUGACGUCAAACCCAACCUACUUCAGAGGAUGGUAUCGUGGUCCAACCAUCACUUGCAGAUAUGACUAAAAUAUGAACAGUUGUGGUUGGUGGUCCAAAUAAAGGUAGAACCUAUGGGCUUGGAGUUCACCAAUCCUCAAAUAGUCCUUCCCCAUUGUUUCCUAGCUCCUUUUCUACUUCACAAAAUAUGAAAGAAAUAGAAGCGAUGACAAAGCAAAUUAAAGAUUUGACGCAACAAUGUGCAGUUAAUAAUGCUAAGUUUGUCAAAUUUGCUAAAUUUAAGGAGUUAGUCAAGAAGCACGUGCCUCAAGUAUUUGAUGAUGAGGAAGAUAGUGAAUUUGAAGAUAAUUAGAUUGUAGCUGUUGUUGGUAUAGUGAAUUUGAUGAUAAUUAGAUUGUAGUUGUUGGUUCUUGUUUUUGAUUGUGACGUUUAAACUUACAGUUCUCUUGGGAUGUUUAAACUAUUCGACUCGAUAUUUGUUUUGGAUUGUGACAUUUGGUCCUAAACUUGUUUUAGAAUGUUUAAACUAUUUGACUUGAUGUCUGUUUUGGAUGUUUCAAAGUGGUUGAAUUUUUUUA